GUAAAGGUGUCCGUCAGUCGAUUUUCGCCAUUUUUCUAGUGUAUAAACUUUUAUCCGAUUGUGGGAAAAACGUUCGUGAGCUGGUAGACGCGCAGCUAACCCGACGUAUAUGACGUCUCUGGCAUAUUUUGCGUCAUGAAUCAGUCACGAAAUUUUACAUCGUUGUUGAAUCCAAGUUACUUACAAAACGCGCAACAAAAUGCUGCGACUGCGAACGCGGCUGCUGCUGCGGCUGCAGCAGCUGCCGCGGUUAGCGCCGCGAUUGCGAAUGGAACACAAAUAAAUCCCAAUUCUCCUAAUUCCACGACAAACAACACUAGAAAACGAGAAGCGGAAAACGAUGGUAAGCAGGAAAAAGAGUCGAAAGAGGAACGUAGGAAGAGGAGGAAAACUAGAUGGGGCGGUAGCGAACAUGACAAAACUUUUAUACCAGGCAUGCCUACGGUUCUUCCAACAAACCUCACUCCUGAACAGGAGAAGGCUUACCUCUUUCAGCUGCAAAUUGAGGAAAUCAGCAGGAAGCUACGCACUGGAGAUCUUGGAAUUCCACUUAACCCUGAGGAAAGAUCUCCGUCCCCAGAACCCAUUUACAGUAGCGAUGGUAAACGGUUGAACACGAGAGAAUAUCGUACUAGACGUAAAUUGGAAGAAGAACGUCACAAUCUUAUUCAGAAGAUUCUCAAAAUUAACCCGGAAUUUAAACCACCGCCAGAUUACAAACCCCCGAUAAUACGAGUGCACGAUAAAGUAAUGAUCCCUCAAGAGGAACAUCCAGAUAUUAAUUUCGUUGGUCUGCUUAUUGGUCCCCGUGGAAAUACAUUAAAAUCAAUGGAGAAGGAAACCGGAGCAAAGAUUAUAAUCCGUGGCAAGGGUUCUGUAAAGGAAGGAAAAGUUGGAAGAAAAGACGGGCAGCCUUUGCCUGGCGAAGAUGAACCUCUUCAUGCCUAUAUUACCGCUAACAAUCUGGACGCAGUAAAAAAGGCUGUCGAAAGAAUCCAUGAAAUUAUACGACAAGGUGUGGAAGUACCUGAAGGACAAAAUGAUUUACGACGUAAUCAACUUAGAGAACUGGCAUUACUUAAUGGAACAUUGCGCGAAAAUGACGGACCACGUUGCACCAAUUGUGGCGCAUCAGAUCAUAAAUCAUGGCUGUGCCCUGAUAAACCGAACGUAACGAAUAACAUAGUAUGUUCGAGUUGCGGAGGGGCUGGUCAUAUCGCGCGCGAUUGUCGAUCCAAAAGACCUGGACAAGGUGGGCCAGCUGCCGCAGGAAUGGGAGGAAUGGGGCCAGGUGGCGAUAAAGCAAAAAUAGACGAAGAAUACAUGUCCCUUAUGGCAGAAUUGGGUGAAGGCCCGCCACCUGAUAGGUCCAAAAGCGGGCAGCCGCGUCAACCAAACCCGAAUCCUAACUAUCCUGGUCUCUUCGAUAGACAACAAGCACCUCGUGCUUUAAUGGCUGCACCUGCACAUCCGCCACCUCAGAUGAUGCAAGGUGGCCCGAUGAUGCCACCACCUGGAAUGGCUCCACCGCCGUGGAGCCAAGGAGAAGUAAAUAAUAUGAACGGUAUGAACAUGCAGUGGCAACCACCAGUCAGCAUGCCCCCUCCCCCUGGUGUGAUGCAACCACCUCCACCACCACCUGGUUCUACGUCUCAACCAAAUAUCCCACCGUUGAUGCCUUGGAUGGCUGGAAACAAUCAACCACCGCCCCCCGGGCAAAUGCCACCAACGCAAAUCCCACCGCCAGGUAUGGGUAUCCCGCCAUGGCAACAAGGACAACAAGGACCAAUGCGUCCACCUCCACCCGGAACAGCCCCACCGCCAGGAUUCCCAGGCUGGCAACCGCAACAAAUGGGCGGAUGGCCGCCGGCAGCCCCUGUUCCACCACCUCCUCAACAACAAACGCCGGCCCCGCCUGGCAUCGAUCUCAAUACUUUGCCCACAUUAUUGGCGCAACCACCACCGCCACCCCCGCCAACUAGUUAGUGUAAAGAAUUAUCCGUGCAUCUAAUCGAAUCUUCUUCAUACGUACGAUAGAGAAAUAAUAUUAACGGUCGUGUCAGUAAAUAGAUUGUAAUAUCGAACCGAGGACAGUCGACUGUUAUUUAGUUCGAACGACCCGAAAAUUUUAAACGAUUAUUUCCUCCUACGCGGCUUUGUCUUUUAUAAGUGGAAAGGGCUCGGCCAAGAAUCAAUUUGUCAGCCCACUUGACUGAUCAUACAAUUUGUAUAAAGAGAAAGAAAAAGGAAUGGCUUUAGGUUUGCAACGUAUCGUUACGACUUCGACUGCGUAUUGUGCUCAGCAAAAAAAAAGAGAAAACAUCUAUUGUAGUUUUGGUUACCAUUAUUUUCGAACUAAUUGUGUGUACCUACAGCUUUCUUAUAAGUGUAAAUGUAAGUGAUACGCCAAACGCAUUUUUAUAAUGCCCCCCCCCCCCCUCUCGUCCCCCCAACCCCCUUGAAGUACGAUAAUUUUUACUUACACGUUUCUCUAAACACAAUAUAUCGUAUAUAUUAUAAUUAGAAUAUAAUUUACUUAUAUUCUGUGAGUAGUAUGUAUAAUACUAUGUACACCUUAGUGCAUUUUCUGUCCUGUACAAGUAUUUGUAAUCAAUUUCUGCUUCAGUGUAUUACCUACCGUGGACGUGAAUAUUACAUGAUAAAUUUUUGCAAACGAAAAUACGUUUUGCUAUUGAGCUUUGUAUAUAACUUUCUACAACGUGUAGAGUAACUGAUUAACUUACGCGCGUCACAAUCGUCACGAUUGAUUUUGUAUUAUUUUGAUCGAUAUAAAAACGUGUGAUUGUAAAAAUGUUAGGUAAUACGAUGAAGCAUCCAAUUUUGUUUGCUUGUACACGCAAUAGAGUUGUCAAUUUUAACUAUGACUUAGAUUAUUUAUAUGUUAGUAGAAUUUGUGCAGUUUUUUCACUUCAUGUUCACGGUCCACCAACUACCGAAACAUAAGUAUGAUAUUGCAAACGUCCAAGCGCAAUAAUUUCGUAUUCACCGAUUCACUAUCACGAAUAAGACAAUUUGUUGGAACCGUAAAUUAUAAAGAAUCUGCUUUAUAUGAAAUAACAUUAGUAUUGUGUGUUAUGUUAAGAAUACAAGGAAAUAGUUUGUGAGACUUUAUGAUAGCUGAAUGUGUAUGUUAACUACACAAUAAAGGUACAUACUAUAUUGAAAAAUACUUCUUUUUUAAUAUAUCUUUAUGUAUAAAUGAUAUCGAGGUCAUAUAAGAUCAAAAACGAAAGAAACAUUUCGAGUAUUCUAUCUAAAAAAAAUUGAAGAUCACCUUCGUUCCUCGAAAAAUAAUGUGAACAUGCGAAAUUGGUAUAAACUGUCCUAUUUGCUAUACAAAACUAAAAUUUUUCUCUUCCAUUUUUUUCCUCACCCCAUAAUAGUUUCAAUGAGAGAUUCUAGAGACCAAAAUAAGACGAACUACGCACUUUCGAGAAAAAAAUAACUUCUAAACGGAUUGGAGAAUUUUAAUGCUUCAAAAUAGGAACAAAAAAAGAAAAAUAAAGAAGCUGAUCACUAACACCCUUAACUGCGUUAGGAGAUGGAGCAUGGAAAAGAAAGGGUUUUCAUCUCUAUUCGGAAUGUCUACACUUAAUGGGAAAUACAACAAAAAAAAGUGGUAAGUAUAGCGGUGAGAUGUAGGUUUUGUUAAAGUUGCUUACCCCCCUCCCUCUCUGCAAACAAAACAUAUCAUAAGUCAACCAAUCUUUGAAUAUUUCUAUCAUAAACUUUAAACGCUUUUUUCUUGAAAUCGUAUUUUUGAAACAUGUUGACACGGUAACUCGAAAAAUUAAAAUUCAAUAUGUUUUAAUGUCCAUAACUCAAUUCUUACAAUACAGAAUGCUUUCUGAUUCGUCUAUUUUUAGAGAAGCAGAAGUGCCCGUGAUCAUGUCAACAUGUCAGGCAUAUUUUUUAAAACACCUCCGUAGAUAUAUUUCAAUAACUCCUACAAUUGUUAAUAUUUUUUAUUGAAAAAAAAUUGUGAGUACUCUCAAAACAUGUAUCAAUGUGUGACAGAGUCGUGGAAAAUGUAAUCCGAUUAUAUUGACCAGGAUACGAUUUCGCGUAAUCACACGGCAAUUUCUGUCCAAUUGUCUUCUAAUGAUAAUUACAAAUCUUUGAAGCGUGUAAAAACAAUCUAAUUACUUUGAAAUUACCGCGUGAUUACAAUGCAAUUACAGUGUAACUAUGUAUAGUUGUAUGGCGGCGAAUGUAAUCUGAUUAGAUUUUGCUCGACUUUGGUGUUGAACUCUCUACACACGUGGCAUCAGUUUCUCAGAAUUGCCUAACGACUUGCACAUCGUGUUACAACGUCGAGUAAAUACUUAUCACAUUAUCUCUUAUACGUAGAUACAAGUUUCAGAGAGUUCUAUCCUCACCACAUUUAAGCUUCUAUACAUAUUCAGGAUGAGUGAAACUAAGAAUUGCUAUUUAAAAUAUCUUGUAACUAUUCAUUUUUAUUAAAAAACGUUUUAAUGGACUUUGUUCUUUUUGAAGAUCCUAGCAAGAUGGAUGGAAUCUGUUUUUUUAAUGUAACGUUUUCUAAUCAAACUAAUAGAUAACAAGAUUUAUUUUAGAUAACAGUUCUUAUCGACUCAUUCUGUGUAU